AGAAGGGGCGUGGCCUCUGGAGCCUGUUUCCGCGCGCCAGAGCCUGCUAGCCGCAUUGCGAGCUGGGCAGGCAGCAGGCGCCAUGGUUCUGUUGCACGUGCUGUUCGAGCACGCGGUCGGCUACGCGCUUCUGGCGCUCAAAGAAGUGGAGGAGAUCAGUCUGCUGCUGCCGCAGGUGGAGGAAUGUGUGCUCAACUUGGGCAAGUUCCACAACAUCAUUCGUCUCGUGGCCUUUAGUCCUUUUUCCUCGUCGCAGGUUGCCUUGGAAAAUGCCAAUGCGGUGUCUGAAGGUGUUGUUCAUGAGGACCUUCGCUUGCUCCUGGAGACCUACCUGCCUUCGAAAAAGAAGAAAGUACUCCUGGGGGUUGGGGACCCUAAGAUUGGUGCAGCCAUACAAGAGGAGUUAGGGUACAACUGUCAGACUGGAGGUGUAAUUGCUGAGAUCCUGCGAGGAGUUCGUCUGCACUUCCAUAAUCUGGUGAAGGGUCUGACUGAUCUAUCAGCUUGUAAAGCCCAGCUAGGGUUGGGACACAGCUAUUCUCGUGCCAAAGUUAAGUUUAAUGUGAACCGGGUAGACAACAUGAUCAUCCAGUCCAUUAGCCUCCUGGACCAGCUGGAUAAAGACAUCAAUACCUUCUCUAUGCGUGUCAGGGAGUGGUAUGGGUAUCACUUUCCAGAGUUGGUAAAGAUCAUCAAUGAUAAUGCCACAUACUGCCGCAUUGCACAGUUUAUUGGAGACCGGAAAGAGCUGAAUGAGGAAAAGUUGGAGAAGCUAGAGGAACUGACAAUGGAUGGAGCCAAGGCUAAAGCUAUUCUGGAUGCCUCAAGGUCCUCGAUGGGAAUGGACAUAUCAGCCAUUGAUUUGAUAAACAUCGAGAGCUUCUCCAGUCGUGUGGUAUCUUUAUCAGAGUACCGUCAGAGCCUCCACACUUACCUGCGCUCCAAGAUGAGCCAAGUAGCCCCCAGCCUGUCAGCCCUAAUCGGGGAAGCGGUAGGUGCUCGUCUCAUUGCUCAUGCUGGCAGCCUCACCAACCUGGCCAAGUAUCCAGCAUCCACAGUGCAGAUCCUUGGGGCUGAAAAGGCCCUGUUCAGAGCCCUGAAGACAAGGGGUAACACACCAAAAUACGGACUCAUUUUCCACUCCACUUUCAUUGGCCGAGCAGCAGCCAAGAACAAAGGCCGUAUCUCCCGAUAUCUCGCAAACAAAUGCAGUAUUGCCUCCCGAAUUGAUUGCUUCUCUGAGGUACCCACAAGUGUAUUUGGGGAGAAGCUUCGAGAACAAGUUGAGGAACGAUUGUCCUUCUAUGAGACUGGAGAGAUUCCACGGAAGAAUCUGGAUGUUAUGAAGGAAGCAAUGGUUCAGGCAGAGGAAGCAGCUGCUGAAAUUACUAGGAAGCUUGAGAAACAGGAGAAGAAACGCUUGAAAAAAGAGAAGAAGCGACUGGCUGCACUUGCCAUGGCAUCUCCAGAAAACAGCAGUAGUACUCCAGAGGAGAAUGAGGAAACACAUGAAAAACCCAAAAAGAAGAAAAAGCAAAAGCCCCAGGAGGCUCCUCAGGAAAAUGGGAUGGAAGAACCGGAGCCCUCUGUCUCUUUCUCCAAACCCAAAAAAAAGAAAGCUUUUUCCAAGGAGGAGUUGGUUAGUAGUGAUCUUGAAGAGAUAGCUGGUGGCAGCCCAAGUCCUCUCAAGAGGAAGAAGCAACCUAAGGAAGUGGCAAAUGAACCUGAAGAGGCAACCAGCCUCCCUGUUCCCAAGAAAAAGAGGAAAUUCUCCUCCAAGGAGGAGCCAGUCAGCAGUGGGCCUGAAGAGGCUGCUAGCAGCAAAAGUAGUGCCAAGAAAAAGAAAAAGCUCAAAAAAGCAUCCCAGGAUUAGAAUGGACAUUUCCUGGGGGGGAGGGCAUGCCCCAAGGUGACCUUUCUCAUACCAUGUCCUAAACCCCAAUAAAACAAACAAA